AGACCGGAACGGACUUUUUUUUAAAUGGUAAACGGCCUCAGUGAACUAUCUUGAUUUAUCCACCAUCUUUGGUUAGCCAAGAAGAAACAAAGUAGCGAACGUGUAGUCAUUCAUUUAUGAAUGUAUUGUAUUAUUAGCCCUAUGUUUAUUUGAUUCAAGGUAUGUAUAGCUAGUUAUAUCGUACACACGAGAAAAUGUUUGCGGGCCUGCCUGAGCUUGGGAUAUCUAAUGGCGAGGAUCUAAAAGAAACACUGACCAACUGCACAGAGCCUCUGAAAGCCAUUGACCAGUUUCAGACAGAAAAUGGCAUUUUGUUACCAACUCUUCAGUCAGCUCUUCCCUUUCUGGACCUUCACGGAACUCCUCGGUUGGAGUUUCACCAGUCUGUCUUUGACGAGCUUCGUGACAAGUUGAUGGAGCGAGUCGCCACUAUCGCAGAGGACAAGGAUGAGGACCGUUAUGGUAAACUUGAAGAGCUGCUGGAGAAGAGCUUCCCGCUGGUGAAGAUGCCUUCCAUUCAGCCAGUGGUCAUGCAGGUGCUGAAGUAUCUUCCAAAGGUGCCAGAGAAAAAGCUGAAGCUUGUGAUGGCUGAUAAGGAACUGUAUAAAGUCUGUGCUGUUGAGGUGAAGAGGCAGAUCUGGCAGGACAACCAGGCUCUCUUCGGAGAUGAGGUCUCGCCCUUGCUUAAGCAGUAUAUCGUGGCGAAGGAGGCAGCACUUUUUAGCAAUGAUCUCUCCAUUCUGCACAACUUCUUCAGCCCCUCCCCCAAAGCAAGACGCCAAGGAGAGGUAGUCUUGAAACUGACCCAGAUGAUUGGGAGGAAUGUGAAGCUGUAUGACAUGGUGCUCCAGUUUCUGCGAACACUUUUCCUGCGUACUCGUAACGUCCACUACUGCACCCUGCGUGCAGAGCUGCUCAUGUCACUCCAUGACCUGGACAUCAGCGAGAUCAGCUCAGUAGACUCCUGCCACAAGUUCACCUGGUGCUUGGAUGCCUGUAUCCGUGAGAAGUUUGUGGAUGCCAAGCGAGCCCGGGAGUUGCAAGGGUUUCUGGAUGGAGUGAAGAAAGGACAGGAGCAAGUACUUGGUGACCUGUCCAUGAUACUGUGUGACCCAUUUGCCAGUAACACCCUGGUUUUGAGUACGGUCCGAAACCUGCAAGAAUUGCUAAGCCAGGACGCUCUACCCAGAGACAGUCCAGACCUGAUGCUGCUACUCAGAAUGCUGUCUCUUGGACAAGGUGCUUGGGAUAUGAUUGACAGCCAGGUCUUUAAAGAGCCUCGAUUGGAACUGGAAGUUGUGACCCGUUUUCUCCCAGCCAUGUUGUCAGUACUUGUGGACGACUACACCUUCACUGUAGAACAGAAACUCCCUAGUGAGGAUAAGACCUCCCUCUCCUACCCCACAGCCCUGCCUGAUAACUUCAGCAAGUACCUGCAGGAGAACAGGGUGGCUUGUGAGAUGGGUCUGUACUACGCACUCCACAUUGCCAAGCAGAGGAACAAGAAUGCCUUACAAAGGUUACUUCCUGCAUUGGUGGAGACCUACAACGACAUGGCCUUUGGGGACAUCUUCCUGCACCUCCUGACAGGACACCUCACCUUGCUCUCUGAUGAGUUUGGGACUGAAGAGUUCUGCUCUGCCGUGUUUGAUGGCUUCCUCCUCACCUCUUUCUCCAGUAAAGAAAAUGUCCACAGACACAACUUACGCCUGUUGCUUCACCUUCACCAGAAAGUGCUGCCAUCUUGUGUGGAGACCUUAGUGAAAACCCUGGAACCACCAAAACAGAUCCUCUACGACUCUCCUAAGGAUGGACUUGGACCUCUGCUUUCCUGCUAACCUGUUCACAGGUGGACCAUAAAGGACUCCGCCGCCAAGCAUAGGAUAGCAGCUUCUCGCGAGAGAGGAUUGAGCUCACAACGAAAACUACUUCUCAGUGUCUAGGCUCACGGUCAUUCGUCGCAGAUGCUUCAAGGUCCCGCCCCAACGAUUCCCGUGGAGGAAAGAGAGGGAGCCGGUCCUAGGGGUCCCUCCCCACCGGCAGAGGGGAGCAGGUCAUUGUUCACACGAUGUUCGGCCCUGCCCCCUCCCGGGCUGAAUAUUGCAGGAGGGGCAUGUCUGCUCCACCAGAGCGCGUUCCCCAGUGCAGCGACCCAUUGUUUUAUAUCAAAGCACAGGAAAGAUGGAGCAGACCACUUUCCCCGGAGUGUCCUACAUACCGUAGCGCUCCCCUCGACACCCUUGUUAGUCGAGUCAGAGGCCGGAAGACAAUAUUUAAGUUGCCACAAAGCACUAUCCCCGUUCCGUGUGCAUUUAUUGCCUUUUCAAAUGAAAAUACCACUGUUGCACCAAAGCGUUUCGCCAAGGGCACAGAACAUGUUACGGCAGUGACCAACUUGCCACACAGGCAGAGAACUGGUGUGUGUGUGCACAGUCCAUCCCUGGGUUCUAUCCAUCCAUGGUUACGAGAGGCUACCGAAUUCAGUUCGCCAGAGAACCUCCCACAUUCAACAGAAUGUUGGUUUCAGUAGCGACUGGCGACUCAGCUCAAAUACUAGAACAGGAGAUCUCCUCUCUGUUGAGCAAAAGGGAGAUCAAAGUAGUAGUAGUCCCGUGUAGCUCAGUUGGUAGAGCAUGGCACUUGCAACGCCAGGGUUGUGGGUUCGA